AUGGAUAUGAGUGAAGGCUUGGGUCUUAUGAUGCCAAGGGUUAAGCCCUUGGAGGCUAUGUGUAAACCAAGACCAUUCACGCUGGCUUCAGUAAAGGGAAUCGAACUCGGUACAAUGGGGGCGAGCACAUUGCACCUUCAUACUCAUACACAAAAACAAAUGCACUGCGAGUUAUGCAACCACAAAAGAUAA